CGAUCAAAACAAUAGAAGAAGAAAACGAAGGAAGAAGGAAGAAGAAGAAGUGGCGCUCUGCUGCAGACAACACAAACCUCCAAACUACACCAACAUGUCUAUUGUGUUUGUGCCAAAGAAGCUACGAGGAAAGGCGAAAAUUAACCAAGACACCAUACAGAGGCUGCUGGAUGAAAACGACCAGUUAAUAAGAUGCAUCACUGAAUACAUGCAGAAAGGACGAGCAGUGGAGUGUGUACAAUACCAACAGAUCCUGCACCGCAACAUCGUCUAUCUGGCCACCAUAGCUGAUGCCAGCCCAGACAACAUGCCUCCUUCCUCAAAUUCUACACCUAAUGAAACCUCAGCCUCAACACCAACUCUGAAUGGGCACGGUGGGACGCGAUGAUGGCUGUGGAGUCUGGAUGGGGUGUCAACUCUUUCACAUUAAUGUUGUUUGUUACUGAUUUUGCAUCACAAGAAAAUGUAUUUAUUAUAACUAUUGUUUAAUGUUACCCAUACUGGGAUCGCUAGUGCUCCAGUCCAGUAAGGCUACAUUGAAUGUCUGUUAUGUGGAAGAAAAUUUGUGAUUUCAAAAUGUCUUUUUUUUUUAGUAUGUGUUGUACAUUACAGAAAUAUAUUCUAUUUUUCAAAAA